GAUAGUACCUACGAUUGCAAAACUCAACAAAAUGCCACUUUAACCGGCCAGGAAGAAGAAGGAGACGUUCAGUUAAAGGUAUCUUAGCUUUGUUUUGUUAUAUUUUGACUUUUGGACUAUUUUAGUUCAUGAGAGUUUCGACGACUUCUCCCAUUUUGUCCAUGUGAAUGUUAAUAUAUUGACACACACUACGCCUGGGCCGCCUGUGGUUUUAUUAAGAAAGAAAUCGCAUGGCCGCCCGGACUUUAAGAAAGAAAAAACAACAACAAAGUCGUGUCUUUUUCGACGUUAUUAUUUAUGUUUACACUCACUUGGAUAACAGAGAAAGAGCUAGAGCGAGUGAUUGAAAACACAAGAGACGAAUUUUGUAGGAAGAAAAACAUGAAAAUUCAAAGCGGCGGUGAAAUGCUAGCGGCCAACAAGGAGCGGCCAGCACGGUGAAAAUGAGGGGCAGUGAAAAAUAAAAACGAACGUGAACACAGGAGACAAAAUAUUGGGUAAAAAAUGUGUAACUCGGAAGUUUGACGAUUUAGGAGCUGUUUACAUGGAGUGGGGGUCCCCGGUCUAGUAGGGGUUGGUUUCUUUUGUUUUCACGCUGUGGAGGACACAAAACAAAAGAAACCUACCCCACUAGACCGAGGUUCCCCACUCCAUGUAAACAGGGUCUUAGUCCUACAAAACAGCAUUGUAGUUGUGCAAAAUAACGGCCUAGAAAGACAAAAAGCGUGCUGCACGGGCAAAUUUGCUUUUUUGCUAAUUAAAUCUAUUGAUCUUGAUGCCAUUUCCAUUACCGUCCCCGUUUAGCAUUAAACGAUUCAGGCGACGAUUUAAUUUUUCUGUUUAUAAUUAUUAUUAACCAGAGCUUCGCUUUUAGCCCUGGCUAAAUCUAUAUAUUAUUAUAUACAGUACUUCGGUCGCCUGAUGAAAAAACAUUCACUCUCGAGUUCAAAUGCCGAUCGAUAUAUGGAACUGCAACCAGUCUUUUAUCCAUCGGUUGGUCACAUUGGCUGGGAAACAACCGAUACAUUGUGGGUUUGCCUCGGUGUAACAUAAAAUAGCACAGAUUUAAGGGAAGAGCAACGUUUUGACGGUAAAUGCCCAACUGAAACGCACUUCCGACAAAAAAACAUAUCCCGCGAACUAAGCCGGGGGAUACUCGUCCGAAAAUUUAAAAUUUAGCGCCUAAGGGAGACAAGUGUGGGUCUGUCUCAAACUUAGACCCUGUUUACAUGGAGUGGGGGACCCAGGUCUAGUGGGGCAGGUUUCUUUUGUUUUGUGUCCCCUAGGGCGUGAAAACAGAAGAACCCAACCCCACUAGACCGGGGUCCCCCACUCCAUGUAAACAGGCUCUUAAACUGACCCUUAAAGGAGAUCAUACUAAGACAGAAGUCACGGCAUUUUUUGUACAUUUCUUUAUGCACAACCCUGAGUGAUACCUUAAUGAGUAAGUGUAGUGACGUUCCGUCCCAAACCCCAAGUGAGACCAAAAUCUGCAAUUAACACUCCUAAGCGAGACGACGAGCAUCCCCGUCACUUUUACACGGGAUUCUUCCCGGAGGUCCAAAAGGUCCGAAGGUCCAAAAGCCGUAAAAUCUUCUGCGAAGAGACACGCAAUGACAAGAUUUUCGUUCAUGUAUUUAUUUGAAGCUACUGGUCCAAAUUGCUUCAAUAAUGUUCUCUAUAAAACACUUUUGCCGUUGAAACUUAUCGCCAAAAGAAUAUUUUGAUCUCCAAAAGGACCGCCAAAACAGUCAAAACAACGAACUGCCGUCCUCGCUGCAAUGAAUUUUCGAUGGUAAAUCUUCCCCGGCGAGGAUUUACAGCCACUUGUUGAAUGGAACGUCUGAAAAUUGGUCACGAUUCAACAUUGUUUGACAGACGAUGAACAAAGGCGUUAGCCCUUCAUGAACAAAAUCACUCCUGACAAAAUAUGAUACUGCACCACAACAUUUGCUAUCCCUCACAAUUGACGUCGUGUUGCCUGGCAACCUACAAAUACACCUUGAUGUCACACUAGAUGACGUCAACUGAGCUUCCGCGCAGUGUGCUAUCUAAGCGCGAUCAUGUUAUAAGUGCACUACGCGAGGGCCUUACUGUGGCUUACCAUCCCUGGGAUCGACCGAUGGCUCGAAGCCUUUGCUAUUUACUCCUCUGUACUCCUCUCCUCUUGCCUAUCACGGGGGUGGAUCUAUUCACUUAUCAGCAGUGAGGGGGCCCGAAAGUUCCCCACUGUAUGGUAUGGUAUUUGUAUGACACGGAAUUUCACCGAAAGGGCUGUUAAAACCUUUCCAUUAACUGGGAUCAAAGGGAAGUUCAACUGUACUUAGUCACUUUUGCUGAUGUCCCAAAAGCCUGCAGCAGCUUGGGUCAUAUAACAAAUUUGUACCCAUUCACCGAGUCUACCGAAUCUCCAGGCCCCAAAAGUGGAGACCUCCGCUUCAAAUUUAACAAAGGGGUCCCCUGUACAGAUACCCCCUGCCCCUGCACUCACCAAUGCAAAAACCCUGGAUACACUGCAGCCCACCCAGGAGAGGACCACCUUGACGCCACGAGAUCUGGAUCCCAGUCAAAGACUAGCCUCUCAAGCCAUUCCUCCCGAGGCUGCUCAUGAAUACAUCUCUAAUUUGUCCCCUACCACCCCAAUUAACAUCCCUCAACUUGCCCUUUACUCGCAUGAUCACCCUGACCGUGCAUCUGUUGAUGCUGUCCUUACUCAACUUACUGGCCUCACCGAGGAUUGG